GGUCCGGAACAGAGUCUGACAGUGAUGAAUCUGUACCAGAGCUUGAAGAGCAAGAUUCCACACAGGCCACGACACAGCAGGCACAGCUUGCAGCAGCAGCCGAAAUAGAUGAAGAACCCGUUAGCAAAGCAAAACAGAGCCGGAGCGAAAAGAAAGCACGGAAGGCAAUGUCUAAACUGGGCCUUCGCCAGGUGACAGGAGUAACCAGAGUCACUAUCCGGAAAUCUAAGAACAUCCUCUUCGUCAUCACAAAGCCAGAUGUGUACAAGAGCCCAGCAUCAGACACCUACAUAGUCUUUGGCGAAGCAAAGAUCGAAGACCUGUCCCAGCAGGCCCAGCUGGCAGCUGCCGAAAAGUUCAAAGUGCAAGGAGAAGCUGUUUCAAACAUCCAAGAAAACACACAGACCCCCACCGUGCAGGAGGAGAGCGAGGAAGAAGAGGUUGACGAAACCGGCGUCGAGGUGAAAGACAUUGAGCUGGUGAUGUCGCAGGCGAACGUGUCCCGAGCAAAGGCAGUCCGUGCCCUGAAGAACAACAGUAACGAUAUUGUAAAUGCGAUAAUGGAGUUGACGAUGUAGCUGCCAGAGGGAGGAGCCUUUUUUGGUGUUUCAGAGAAGAGUAAAAUGCAACUAAAUUUAAAAUUUGUACUAUUUCUAUCAAUUAAUAAAAGUUGUGGCUUAUUGUUGGUGAAA